AUGUCUGAAAAAAAAAUUUUAUAUAGGAAAGGAGAAACAAAAGACUUUGAUACUUAUCAUGAGAAGAUCCGAGUAAAGAUUGAAGUGUUAAAUGAAGAUGUCGCGAGGGUUUUUCUUGUAGAUAAAAAUGAUAUUCCAAUUGACGAUUUGGAAAAUGUAGUUUUUAUGAAUGUAGCGACUAAAAAUGAAAUUACAACUGUACUCGUUGAGAAUAGAAAAAGUUAUCUCAUAACUUGGAUAAAUAGCUACGAGUUAUCUGUCGAUG